AUGAUCUACCUGGACGGGGUCCUCCAAGGUCCUGUUCUACCUGGACGGGGUCCUCCAAGGUCCUGUUCUACCUGGACUGGGUCCUCCAAGGUCCUGUUCUACCUGGACGGGGUCCUCCAAGGUCCUGUUCUACCUGGACUGGGUCCUCCAAGGUACCGGUCUUACUAUACUGCAUCCUCCAAGGUCCUGAUCUACCUGGACUGGGUCCUCCAAGAGCACGGAGACGGACCAGAGCACGGAGACGGACCAGAGCACGGAGACGGACCAGAGUACGGAGACGGACCAGAGUUGAACUCAAUUACUGAGAAGCUGCUGCUGAGGGAGCAGCUGUGGCAGAGCGGCGAGGAGCUGCAGCAGCAGGCCGACUUCUGCUCCACGCUGGGCUCCUCGGCCUGCAGCCUGCUGUGGAGCUGCUCCUCCAGGGAGGAAACCAUAACCACCUGGCUGUCCGACGGAAAGCUCCACACCUUCCUGAAUAUUGCCGCACAGACUCUGGAGAGUUUUGUCAAGUCUCUGGACGAGGAGAUAAAACCUCCAGCUGAGGACCACAGCUCCAAUGAGAACCAGUUUGUGCUGGCUCUGGUUGGGACCAUCACAAAUAUAGCAGCAGUGACCAGUGGGCGGGACUUCCUGUGCAGCUCAGGACACGUGGUGUUGGACACGCUGAUGAAACUGCUGCACCUGAUGAGGCCCGGCGUCUUCCCCAAACUGAAAGUGUUGAUGCUGAUGGCUCUGUAUAACGUCAGCAUCUGCGUUAAAGGACUGAAGCACAUCGCCCAGAAUGAAGAUCUGAUUCCACUCAUCUGGACGCUGCUGGACGCGUCUGAGCACUGGGAGGUGUGUCUCCACUGUCUCCGUCUCCUCCAGUCCUUCCUGCUGGAGGACGACGUCCUGCUCCUGCUGGGAUCCCGUCUGCUCGACCAGGAGCUCCGCGCUCGGGUCGGACGCCUGACCUCCAGCACUCAGCCUGGUCUUAGAGCUUCUGCCCUGCAGACGCUGGAGGACCUGAAGGCCCUCUGUCCUAAAGAUGGGAAACCUUCGUAAAAAUGGAGUCGAAUGCGUUUAAGAACCAGAAAUCUUCAUCUGUUGAUGUCUUUCUGACAGGUUUGAGCUUUAUAUGCAGAGUUAGCUACUAAAUCAGACCUGACGUCGUUCUUCAAGUUCUAAUCCAGAUUAUUUUACAACUUUAUGGUUU